GCCGGCUUGUCACACGGUAAACUUGUCCUGGACGCGCCAUUUAAGAGAUUACAAUGACAAGGACGAGCAUUACAAACAUCUUUUUAUGGACUUGACUUUGCAUUCCGAAGAAGCCCAGACAGGUUGGAUGAAAUCCAACACGCAAGCAGAGGCCGCCAAUCUUGAGAGGUCCGCAGCCUGCCGUCUUCAAGGAGCCGUCUACCAUGACGACAUUACAAGCUGCACAGUGAGCCGGAGGAGCAUUACGGACAUCGUUACACUUGGCGUCGCCGCCAUCUUGAAGCAUCCCAUCAUGCAUCUGGAGGUGAAGGUUGCCCUCAACUUCAUCGUGUCCUAUUUGUACAACAAGCUGCCUCGUCGUCGAGCCGACCUCUUCGGAGAAGAACUGGAGAGGAUCCUGGUGUCUCGCUUUGAGGGUCACUGGUACCCGGAGGACCCCCUUCGAGGUUCCGCCUUCCGCUGCCUUCACCUGGGCGCCCCCCGGGACCCGGUCGUGGAGUUGGCCGCCAAGAGAAGCGGCCUGGACACCGAUGAAGUGCGCGCCAACGUCCCCGAGGAACUUAGCGUGUGGAUCGACCCGUUUGAGGUGUCCUACCAGAUCGGAGAGAAGGGGGCGGUGAAGGUGCUCUACCUGGAGGACCUCAGCUGUGACGGAGUGCGGCCUGAGGGGCUGACGAGAGACGCUAAAGGAGACGCCGACCUCGAAGAGACUAAGAAUCUGGGCUUCAAUCCAGACGCUCAGGUCUUUAUUCCCAUUGGAAACCAGUCAUCUACUUCCAUGAUGCCUUCGCUCUCCAGCUCUCCCACUCCGCCCAGCGCUCACCCCUGCCCGGGGCUCUUCGGUUCGCCUUCCGCCCACUCCUCCAACACCUCUACCCCUUCUCCGCCCUAUGCCGCACCUCAGCAGCCCGCCUCCCGUCCUCAACCCAUCACCUUUACCACGGCCGCCUUCGCUGCCACCAAAUUCGGCUCCACCAAGAUGAAGAAAAACGGCCCGGCGGCAGCGCCACCCGCCCCCGCCGCCCACUCUCCCACCGCCAUCUUGGCUCCGGAGCUGCUCAAGCACAAGCCGCUGUCUCUGUCCAUGCACUCGCUCGGGGGUCCCGUCCCCAGCCAGCUGUCCCCCAACGCCAAAGAGUUUGUCUACUCCCCCGGUCCUCUCUACUUUGACGCCGAGCCCUCUUUUGACCCUUUCGCCAGCCCGCCACCGCCACCGUCCCAAAGUAUGGGCAUCAUGGGCGCCACCGGCGAGAUCUCCUACAUGGAGAAGCCACCGUUUGUGGAGGCUUUAGGAAGCUACAAGCUGCAGUAUCCCAGCCAGGCCUUCCAGCCUGUGGUGCUGGCCAACUGAGCAUCCACUCCUUCCAGAACUGAACUUUCUAGAAGGUUCCGGUCCCAUUCUGGGUGCUGAAGGGGUUUUCUCUGUUAGUCAUGAAGGUUGUGCUCAAGAAGAAAAGAGCUCUGCAGCCUGCUGGGUUGUUUCUAGAAAGGGACAACUUCCAAUAAUUCAUCCCUCGGGGAGACUGCAGGAAGCCAAAGCUUUCUUUGCAUUUGAGGUAGCCGGCACUCACAUGUGGAUACCUGGAAGUAGCCGGCACUCACGUGUGGAUACCUGGAAGUAGCCGGCACUCACCUGUAGAUACCUGAAAGUAGCCGGCACUCACGUGUGGAUACCUGGAAGUAGCCGGCACUCACGUGUAGAUACCUGAAAGUAGCCGGCACUCACGUGUGGAUACCUGGAAGUAGCCGGCACUCACGCCUGACAGACUCGUCCCGUCGUCUUUGCAGGAGAGCAAAGAGGGGGAAGGGAAUUUGAGGAUGUGGGGCUCAAACACGGGUGUCAAACUCAAAACCCAGGGUCCGAAUCUGGCCUGCCACAUGAAUUAAAGUGACCCGCCCCAUCAUUCCAUGUGGCCUGCCGCAUUACUUAAUAUAGUUUGCCGCCUCAUUUCAUGCGGCCUGCUGCAUUAUUUAAAAUGGCCUGCCACAUGCAGCACUAUUUAAAAUGCAUCAUUUUAUGUGGCCCUCUGCAAUAUUUAAAGUGGCCCGCCGCAUUAUUUCAUAUAGCUGGCCGCAUCAUUUCUUCUGGCCUACUGCAUUAUUUUGUGGUAAGCUGCGUUAUUUAAAAUGCUGUGCCGCGUUAUUUCAUGUGGCCUGCCGUGUUAUUUUGUGGUAAGCUGUGUUAUUUGAAAAUGGCCGGCUGCAUCCUUUUAUGUGGCCCUCAGCAUUAUUUAAUGUGGUCCGCUGCAUUAUUUCAUAUAGCUGGCCGCUGUAUUUCAUGUGGCCUGCUGCAUCAUUUAAUUCGGCCUGCCGCAUUAUUUAAAAUGGUGUGCCGCAUUAUUUCAUGUAGCUGGCCGGCCGCAUCAAUUUAUGUGGCCUGCUGCAUCAUUUUGUGGUACCUUGCAUCAUUAUAUGUUGCCCUUCACAUUAUUUAAUAUAGCAGGCCGCUGCAUCAUUUUAUGUGGCCUGCAAAAAAACAAAAGUCUGGCUAUGGUAUGCCACACUAUGGUAUGCCACACUAUGGUAUGCC